UUUCUUUUAUGGCUCACAUGGACCCAAGGUUGGGAUCCCAUACCUGGGAAGUUGGCCUCUCUUCCUGGUAGGGCUUUGCGGGAGUAUUUCCUCUCAGAGGAGAUCGGCAAGCCACCCCCGUUACUAGGCAGCCCGGGGUAUCAUGCUCCAUACUCUAUGGGAGUUUUUAUUCCUGCGUCUAAGACCAGGUUUCGGGCGGCACUUAGCUAGGCGAGUUCCGGAAGUACGCUAUUCACCGAUGCGUUCCAGCUUGGCGCGCAUGACGUCACUUCCGGGUACGCGUCACUUCCGGUUUUUCACAUAGCGCGAACACGGAAGUGUUUUUAAAAAGUCGCGCAGAUAGCUAGUUUCUUUCUCCUCAGAGUCCUAGCAGUUGCGUUCAGCUGUUGCAGGUAUUUAUUUUGCCUGGAAGCUCCUUUGCUUAGCUUUUCUUUGAGGUAAGACGUUUUUAUGUUUUUUACCUUUUAUAGAUAUGGAGAUUAAUCCUCAAGUGCCUAGUAGCCCAGAAAAUGCUGCCACAGACAUUAGGAGUGUGCCUGCCCCAAGAAAAUCCUUAUCAAAAGAGAAGAAUAGAAUUUGUGUGGCAUGUGAUAACACAGCCUUAAAACACUCAAAAUUGUGUGAGCGAUGCACAAGAAGAUUAGCCGGUGAUGCAGCUGCAGACACUGCUGAUGUUAUGAGAUGGAUCAGAGAAGCAGUUAUAGAAGGAGUUACUCUUGCUACAAAGCGUAAUAAUGAAGAUAUAAUGCAGGAUAAUGGUGCCUCAUCUUCGCGGAGAGGUCAGAUGUCUGCAGGAUGGCAGUCACCUACAGAGUCUGCUGAAGAUGAACUUGAAGAAGAACAACUUAGUUCAACCUUUGAUAUGUCUCUAGUAGAGCCUUUAAUUAAAGCUGUUAGAGCACAGCUAGAACUCCCUGAAAAGGCGGAGCAACAAACAUCCUCGUCAAAUCCGUUUAAAUUUCUAAAAAGAGAAAGGUCGACUUUCCCUUUACAUGAGGUAAUUAAGGAAAUUAUCUUAAAAGAGUGGGAAAAGACGGAUGCUAAAUUUCCUAUCCCUCCCAGGGUACAAAAACUAUAUCCUUUUACAGCAGAAGAGGAGAUUAUUUGGGAGAAGACUCCUAAGGUAGAUGCAGCAGUGUCCAGGCUUUCCAGUAAAACACUUUUACCGGUGGAAGAUGUAAUGUCCUUCUUAAACCCAAUGGAUAGGAAGAUGGAGUCAUCUUUAAAGAAAACUUAUUUGGCAUUAGGAGCUACGUGCAGACCAGCUUUAGCACUGACUUCAGUAGCCAGAGCAAUGCAGAUGUGGCUGCAAAAUGUGGAACUGGCCUUAAAAGAGGGAGUCAAUAGAAGAGACAUAAUCGAAUCCUUAGCCGAAUUAAAAUUGGGUACAGAUUUUGUCACGGAGGCCUCAGUAGACAUGGUUAGGUCAUCAUCUAGAGCUAUGGCCCUAUCAAUUGCUGCAAGAAGAGCACUGUGGUUAAGGGCAUGGAAUGCUGAUAAGGCUUCUAAAAUGAAUUUGUGCAACCUACCAUUUGAAGGGCAGAUGCUCUUUGGAACCAAAUUGGAAGAUAUAAUUAAGAAGGUGACAGGGGGAAAAGGUGUUUUUCUACCUCAAGAAAGGAAAGGAUUCAAGCCAACGGAUUUCCGAACAGACAGAUCAUCCUUUCGGAACAAAAGUAAUUUUUCAGAACAAAGAAAUUUCAGGUUUGCAAGACAACCAACUCAGUGGAGAGGAGGUCAAUCUUCACUAUUUAAAAAUCAAAGAGGAAGAGGAACAGAGGUUAAAUCAACAAAAAGAUUCUGAAUACUUGACAGUCCAUGCUUCAGGGAUACCCAGGAGGCUAACAUAUUUUGUAGAAGUGUGGACAAAGUCGAUAAGCGAUCGCUGGGUAUUGCAAACGCUAAGUCAAGGCUAUUUCCUGGAAUUCAAGGAAGUGCCGAAGUACAAUCACUUUGUGCUAUCAAAGAUUCCCAAUGCAACAGACCAGAGAAAAGUGAUGAUAAGUUAUGUUCAACAGUUAUUAAAGGAUGGAGCCAUUUUGCCUGUUCCCAGAGAGUUUCAGGGACAAGGGAUUUACUCAGUCCUAUUUAUGUUGAUGAAGAAAACAGGGGAUUUUCGUCCAAUACUGGAUCUAAGGUCAAUCAAUGUGUUUCUGCAAAUAAAAAGGUUCAGGAUGGAAUCCAUUUAUUCAAUAAUAAAAGAAAUCCAGAUAGGAGACUGGCUUCUAUCUUUAGAUUUAAAAGAUGCCUAUUUUCAUAUCCCAGUGGCUGUCUCGCACCAAAAGUUCCUAAGAUUCGCUUUAAGUCAGGAUCUACAUUACCAGUUUACUUGUCUUCCAUUCGGCCUGGCAACGUCACCACGAGUGUUCUCAAAAGUCCUACAGACACUUAUCGCAGAGAUCAGAAGACAAGGAAUUCAAAUAUUUCAUUAUUUGGACGACAUUUUGAUGAAGUCGCAGGACCCACAAGUAUUAACAAUACAAAGGGAUGUAGUCAUCAGGAUCCUUCAAGAUCAUGGCUGGGUUUUAAAUCUGGAGAAGAGUCAGCUGGUUCCUUCCCAAGAUCUGAUAUAUUUGGGAGCCAGGUUUCUAACAGUACAGGGUUUAGUAACUCUACCAGACAAGAAGAAGGAGAAGAUAAAGGCAGCAGUCAGAGAUCUGAUGCAGAGGCCUUGGAGCUCAGCUCGGGAAGUGAGCAGUGUAUUAGGUCUCCAGACUUCGACAUUCCCUAUGUUAAAAUGGGCACGGUGGCAGAUCAGACCACUACAGAGCAUGUUUUUGAAUCAAUGGAAUUCAAUUGCGCAGGACUGGAAUCAAAGAAUUGUUAUGCAAGUAGAAACCAAAGACAAAUUAAGAUGGUGGAUGUUGGAAAGCAAUCUGUCCAAGGGACUUUCUUUAGAGGCAAUCAAAUGGAAGGUGAUAACAACGGACUCCAGUCCGUACGGAUGGGGUGCACAUGUGGAAGGUUAUUGUCUACAAGGUCUGUGGAAAACGGAGGAGCAGUUACUGCCAGCCAAUGUGUUGGAGCUCAGGGCAGUUUGGAAGGCGAUUCAGCAAUGUGGUCGCAAGUUGAAAGGAGCAGCAUUGUUAGUCAAGACAGACAACAUGGCAGCAGUUUCUUAUAUAAGAAAACAAGGAGGGACUCACAGCCAGAGUCUCAUAAGGGAGUUGUAUCCGAUCAUGACUUGGGCGGAGUCGAAUUUACAGGACAUAUCAGCCAUUCAUCUCCCAGGAAAACAAAAUGUGCUAGCAGACUUUCUAAGUCGUGCAAGGAUAAGCAGACACGAAUGGGAGUUGAAUCCCAAAGUGUUUAUUCAGAUUGUACAGAAAUGGGGUCUGCCGGAUGUGGAUCUGAUGGCCACGACGAACAAUCGGAAAGUCGACACGUUCUUUUCCCGAUUCCCCUGCAAUCAGACAGCAGCAGUGGAUGCUCUCCAGCAGGAUUGGAGUGUAGGUCUCCUAUAUAUCUUUCCUCCAACACCUCUAAUCCCUCACAUACUGAGGAAGAUCAGGGCAGAGAAAGCGGACAUAAUCGCAAUAAUUCCAGAUUGGCCAAGGAGAAGUUGGUACCCAAUGCUCAGAUCCUUGGUAAUAAGGAGCCCCUGGAGACUGCCUCAAAGGGAAGAUAUCUUGAGUCAGGGUCCUGUCAGGCAUCCCAAUCCUCAUGUCUUAUGCCUCACAGCUUGGAGGUUGAGAGGGAAAGGUUAAGUAAGGAGGGCCUUUCUAAUCAGGUAAUCAAUACGAUGCUGUCUGCUAGAAAGAUUUCUACAAACAGAACGUAUGAUAGAAUCUGGAGCAUCUUUUCAGACUGGUGUAAAGAAAGGAAAAUAAUUCAAGAACAAGUAAAUAUUAUGCAGAUUCUCGACUUUUUACAAGCAGGUUUUGAUAAGGGUCUAAGUCUGAGAACCCUAAAGUUGCAGGUGUCUGCUAUUUCAGCUCUCAUAGGAGUUCAGUGCGCAAAGGAUAAAAACAUUUCAAAAUUUAUGGCUGGAGUUUUACAUCUCAGACCUCCAGUAAGAGCACUGUCAGCAACCUGGAAUCUGCCGUUGGUAUUACAGGCUCUUACAGAAGAACCUUUUGAACCUCUUAAGGAAAUAUCACAGAUGUUUCUCACAAUUAAGACUGUGUUCCUUACAGCAAUAACUUCCUCAAGGAGAGUCAGUGACUUGCAGGCUUUGUCGUCGGUUUCGCCUUUUACUGUAAUUCAACCUCAUCAAGUAAUAUUAAGGCCAGUGCCAGGGUAUUUACCCAAGGUUGUAUCAACUUUUCAUGUCAAUCAUGAAUCAGUUUUACCAGCUUUCUGCCCAGAUCCUGUAUGAGAACAGGAAAAGAAGUGGCAUAUGUUGGAUCUAGUUCGCUGUAUUUCCAUUUAUUUGGAAAAAACAAUGGAAUGGAGAAAGUCAGACAGACUUUUUGUGGUCCCCGAUGGUGCCAGGAAGGGACAAGCAGCUUCAGUGGCUACUUUGAGCAGAUGGAUUGUGAAAUGUAUUCAUUUGGCUUACAAGGCGAAAGGGUUACAAUCUCCUAAAGGGGUUAAAGCACACUCCACAAGAUCCUUGAGUACUUCUUGGGCUUUUCAGGCGAAUGUUGGGCUAGAAAAGAUUUGCAAGUCUGCAUCUUGGUCUUCAACAAACACAUUUCUAAAUCAUUAUCAUGUAAAUUUAUUUACUUCAGAAAAGACUUCCUUUGGUAGGAAGAUACUGGAAACGGUCCAGUUGGCCGAUUAAUAAAAAUUUUCAGUUAUGCAUAUAAGUGGUGUAAGUGUUUAUAUUAUGAACCCACCCUAUUCGGACUGCUAAGGUACUGACCCAUAGGUGUGGAUGCUGCCAUAGUGACCAGGGAAAACGGAAAAUUUUAUCAUACUUACCGUAAUUUUCGUUUCCUGGUUACUAUGGGCAGCAUCCACACCAAACCCUCCCACUAUAAUCUCGGACAUCAAAAGACAGUGAGCUGAGGGGGGAAGUGGGUCAUAUAGAGUAGUUAAUUAAUCUAAUUAACUUCUGUCCUAUAACAAAGUGAGGGCGGGGAUAAACCCAUAGGUGUGGAUGCUGCCCAUAGUAACCAGGAAACGAAAAUUACGGUAAGUAUGAUAAAAUUUUCCGUUAUAAAGGGCCAGUAUAUUACACAGGGAGUUACACAGAGAGAAAGCGAUUAGUAGACAGAACAGUAGCAUAACAAAUUUACACAAAAGUUCUCUAAAUGCAAUACACUGCACAAAAUGCAAAAUAUGCACCAGAAAUGAAAAAAGUUAGUCCUUUAGUUUAGUUUCCUCCUGCCGGUCCUACUUCAGUCUCUCAACUUUGAAAUGCUUCAUAUAGGAUAAGGGUAGGGACACACUGGGCGAUUUGGGGAGAUUUAGUCGCCUGGCGACUAAUCGCCGCGACUUUCCACGACCAAUCUUCCCCGAAUG